CGACGCCCCGCUGUUGGUCUCCUCUGUUGGUCGUCACGCCGCCAUAGCCUAACACUGCAGGUCACCGCCGCCACGACCACGACCACAUCCACGAACACCAUCUGCUUCAAGAACAUCAUCCAGGACACGAAAUUACCGAGGGCGGGCAAAUUUUUCGAGUUGGAGAUGACGGUCCGUGACUGCGACAUCAUCGACGUCUCCGGGGUCGUGAACAAUGCUGUAUAUGCUGGUUAUAUCGAAACAGGUCUGCUAUAUAUACCAUCCAACAACAAUAACCCCCAGAAAAAUAUAUAGUGUACAGAGUUACGAACUUAUGUUGUACUGUAUCACGUUAGUCGUUUCCAAAUACCUACCAACCCCUGAUCCGUGCUAGUAUAUACGGUGACGACCAUUCCCGCUAUAUGCAUGCAACCAGCUCGCCAAGCUAUGCUUGCAAGCCUCGGCGUCUGCACGGGCUCGAUCGUGCGCACAGGCCGUGCCAUGGCGCUCUCCGAGUUGAACGUCAGGUACUUCGCGCCACUCAAGCGCGGUGCCAAGUUCGUCGUCAUGGUGAGGGUUGUCCAAAUCAAGGGUGUGCGGAUGUUUAUGGAGCACUUGAUCGCAACGCUGCCAGACCGCAAGCUCGUGCUAGAGGCCAUGGCAACUGUCGUCUGCCUCAACCAAGACUACCGUCCAACUCGCAUGUUCCCGGAGAUGGCGAACCUGCUGCACUUCUUCUCUCAUCCUAAUUAGCGCGGAUCAAUCCUAGCAAGCUGCUUUAUCUGCUGAUAUUGUUUGGAGUCUUUUAUCUACUGUACUGGAGGCACGAAGUUGCAAUUAGAGUGGGCGGCUGGAAGCCGAUUAAAAUUCUUUGCCGAGAAGAA